AUGCAACCUCUAAACCCCUUCCUGGCCGCCUUCUUCAAGAGCUCCCUCCCUAGCCAGUGUACGCCGGUUCAUCACCAUAUCCUACUGGUUCCAUCGACGGAUGUUCUCCUCACGUUCCGCGAGACCGAGAGCGGGACUGCUCCUGCUGAGGUCAUCGCCUCGGAGGACUUCCUCGCCAGCCAUGUCCUCCGUGUGCCAGCACCGAAUGGUGCUGCGGGAAGCAAGGAUGGGAGCCAGAAUCUGCGGGAAGUGAGGGGCAAGGCGAAACAGUUUACGACUCUGAACGGAAAGAGCGUGGUCAUCAAGGAUGCUUUUAUAUAUAGCAACAAAGGCUUCAAAACGCUCGCGCAAGCACAACUCCUUAACGACAUUGUUUUUUAUCCAGACGUCUUUGAGCCGCGCCAAUGGCUUCUCUACUACAUUUCGAGACCUCUAGUGGGCAUUUGGGAAGAAAUCAAGAUCGUCCCUGCAGUCCUAAUUCCUGGCGUACGGAAGCGCAGGAUUCCCGAUCAGAAACAGACACCAAACGCCGAGUCGACCGAAACUGCUGCGCCUCGGAAGAAGGAUAUCAGAAGCUUUCAUGACCUUUUGAAUAACUUCCCCAUGAUCGCGCGCCAAAUGCAGCCUGGCCUCGAGAAACUCUUUGUUGAGUUCAACAACGUCUUCCGAAGCCCGCUACCACCUCCUCCCUCAGCCGAGCACAUUCCGGACCCGCCGAAUGGGCCCAUCGCCAAUGCUGCAAGACGAGCUCGGUCGAAUAGUGCAUCAGCCAAUAUGCGCGACGAAAGUAGAUUGCCAGUGACCGAGAACUUUUACGCCGAGGACGAUGAAGAUAUCAUGAGGGCGUCUCUCGAAACCGCUGUUACAGCUGCUAUUGACCUCUUCCAGGGAGUAGACAAGCAGCAGCUGUCUCUUCUGGGCGCAACUACUGAUCUAACAGGACCUCUUGUGGAGAAGUUGAUUGAGCGCUACGUUACGGAAAAUGUUCACAAUCAGCUGUGGCCAAGACUCAACGCUCUCAAGAGGCCUUACGAUUUGGAGCUGGAGGCAAAGAUUAGAAAGAUGCAGUUCAUCGAUAUUUCUCAGCUAGGUAUUGCCAUCGACGGCGGCUCGAAAGCGAAGCACGACCUUAUCAUUCAACUUGGACCAGCUGUUGAUGAGUUCAAGAAGAUCUCCGUUGCUAGUUGUCCACAAAUCAUGCUCGAUCUUUUACUGUCAACGAUGAAGAUUGUAUCACAGCUGACCGACUCAUCAAAAGCGCAGGCAACCGCUUCUGAUGCAUCGUCAGAAAAGCCUAUCAUGACUGUCAACGCGGACACCUUGGUUUCAUUCUUGCUUUAUGUCGUCAUACGAUCACAAGUCAAGCAGCUACAGGCUCGGUUGAUCUACGUCAGGAACUUCAUCUUCAUCGAUGAUGUAGACAGCGGCGAGCUAGGCUAUGCUUUGAGUACAUUCGAAGCAGUGCUGGCGUACCUUGUUCUAGACUCGGCCGGGUUGCGACGGGCCAGUAGGAGAAACAAGGCUCUUUGGGAAGCAGCAAAGACAGGCACUCUAGACGACCUCAAAAAGAUCAUGGAACCUAGUUCAGGCGCUGCUGAUGAUGACGAGUCAUCAGAAUCUCCCUCGUCAAGCCGCCGUCCGUCGAUGGCAUUGAGUCUCCAAAACGACACAAGGUCGAGGUCGGCAGGUCCUACAAGAUCGAGAAGAUCCUCUUUACGCCUUUCGUUCCACGAUCAAUCUCCGUACGAACAUUAUUCUCAUGGCUCAGGCCUAGGUCAUGUAUUUCCUUUUCAGGCGGAGGAUGAGCACGAAACACGUUCGCACGAUUUCACGAUACCAGUCCGUAGAGUGAAGAAGGUCGCAAUGGACACUCGAAGCAUAUCAGGUGAUUCCGAGAUCUCAUUCCACUCUCGUACUGGAAGUAUUGGGACGAUCGGCAGCGCGUUGGAAGGGGACAUCUCAGUGGCUCGAUUGUCACAAACGAACAACUCGUUCGGGGAAUCGGUUCUAAUGAUGGCCAUCCAAGCCGAACGAGGCGAAACAUUAAAGUACCUGCUCUCUCUGACAGACUACUUCUCUCCAGCAUUCGUUCUCGAUGAUAUGAACAACGAAGACACUACCUUAUUGAGUGCCGCUAUUCAAAUAGGGAAUGCGCAAAUCAUCGAUCUGACCCUCGACUUUGUCAUAGCCUCGACAACUCCCGAGCAACUGAUCUUAUAUCUAGCGCAGCAAGACAUAUGGGGACGAAGCUGCGCUCACUAUCUCUUCAACGCUCCUGCACUAAUCAGCCGGAUCGGACACUUAAUACCUUGGCGACAGCGAGAUAAGAACGGACAAACACCGCUGUUUGCUCUCUGUCGCUCUUACGAUCACAAAAACUAUCUAGACAUGGUUGAAGCAGGGCUUAAUGCGGCGGCAUUGGCUCAGCAUGACGGUCUGCCUUUGCACGUUGACGACCAUGUCGACAACAAAGGGAACACGUUAUUGCACAUUGUCAGCAACGCAAGUCUCGCCAUGAGGAUACUUCAAUACUGUGAUGUUGAUGUCAAUGCAACGAAUGAUAAGAGGUUCACGGCGUUGAUGGUGGCCAGCAAGUAUGGCAGAUACGACAUGGUCCGCUCCCUGUUUGCCGACCCAAGAGUAGAUGUGGGCGCCAAGGAGAUCAGAGGUCUCACCGCGGUCGAACUGGCCAAAGAUGAUGAUGUACGAAACAAAAUUGAUGAUCUUGCCCUGUUCAGCAUGCCACCCGGGCCAGAUGCACGCAUCACUGGUGUAGUCAGGGCAUUUUUUGUGGAAGACGCGACUGUGCGACUGGUGUUAAAAUCCGCUGCACCGACAGACCACGACAGUUAUACGGUAACGACCAGCCGUCGUUCACUCUCGGAUUUUGAACACUUGCCAAACCUUCUCGCGCUCGAAAACCCCGCGUCGUGGAUACCAUCCCUUACCGAUGUGCGAUCUCCGUUUCAAAUACCGUCAAAGCCUUCCCGGGCCAUCCUUCGAGACAUGCAAGCUCGGGCAGACUGGUUUUUGAAGAUAAUGCUUAUGCAUUCAACAUUUGCCACUCAUGAAAUGCUGUGGGAGUUUUUCUUGGUGCCGGAACUGCAACUGGAUAUGAUGGAGCAACGGACGCUUCUCAAAACAGAGACACGAGCAGAGAAAGUGCGAGAUGAGUACGAGCCUGUGGAGGACGUGAGAGAAGUGGAACAGUUCGUCAACCAUGCGCGAGAGAUGAUUAGAAGCGUGAACUACUCGACUAAGAGUGCAACGAGACGCGCCAAUAAUCUCGGUCUGGUUGCAGCAGACAUGUACGAUUCGUCAGUGCUGCUUCAUCGAGCUGUCUCGACUCUUCAGUUCCUCCCCCCUAAACACAUUGAGGCGUUCGAGGCAUACGUGCGAGCUAUUGUCCCUACCCAGUCAAACCCGCAGGCGAAUCUUCACUCGUCAUUUUUGGCUUUGCAAUCCACCGUUCAAGCACUAUUGGCGUCCUUGUCUCGACCACCAUCCAUCAUUUCCGAAAUGAGGGCGGCCAAGCGUGAGGCAGACAGAAACUUUAAUUCUCUUAACAAAUCCAGGUGGCCGCUCGGCCUCUUGGAUGACACUAGACAGCGACUUUAUGACGAGAAGGAAGAGCGGGCGCGGAAGUCAAGGGAAGAAGCCGCAAAUCUUGCGAGGGAACUUCGAUACACACAGCAGACGGUGGCUGGAGAACUGGCAGGUUGGCAGGACCUACAUGAAAAGAUGGGUCGCCAGGCUAUCCGGGAGUUUGUUCGUGGGAUGGUGGUGCAGGAGAGAAUGAAGUUGGAUGGCAUGUUGAGGGCACUCCGGAAGGUGAGAUCCGAUGGCCAGGGUCCAGAGUUGACUAGAAUGAGUAACGGGACAAGGUCACCAGUCGUCCCUCGGCAGGCGGCGGAGCCUGAGGCAGCCAUGAUGGGCGAGACUGGAGGCCGUGGUGAUGCUUCAUAA